AUGUUGUUAUAUUUCUCCUCCGCUCAGAUCUUCAGUCUUCGUCUCUUCGGCUUUCUCGACUCACAGUCUCACUCUCAACUCGACCGUGCUUUCGUCAGUCCUAUUCGCCGCGAAGCCAUCUCCAAACUCGGUGAGGCUCGUCGCUCGCUGAUUCCUGAUUCUGAUCGGUUGAGAUGCUAUUACAAAUGCAGGUUGCGUGUACAGCAAAGCUGUCUAGCAAGUGAAAAAGUACUUUGUGAUGGUUGUGAUCAUCUUGAAAGUGUAGCAUUCUUUCUAGUUGGUCUUAGGGCACUAAAUUUGGGAAUAUGUCCCAAUAUGGUGCUGCUUGAGUUGAAGGGAUGUGUUGUAUUGUCUGAAGCAUCAAUUAUUUGUCCACUCUCAACAUCUCUGGAUGCUUCAUUUUACAGAAAUGGAGAUAUUGACAUUGGGAGGAUUAAACAGUCAAAGUACUUUCAGGCUCUACUUCAACAGUCUAAUCAUGGAAAGGGAGAUCAAUUGGAGAAGCGGGAAAAGUUGACUAGCAAGUUAUUGGAACCUAUGACACAAUUCUUGCUUCAAGGCUUGUGUCUCAGUGAAUGGCUUCUCCACCAUCUUCACUACCAUCUUCACUGGGAUGAACUUGGUCGUCUUUAG